CUCUCUCUCUCUCUCUCUCUCUCUCUCUCCAAGCAAGCCGAACUCUAGCCAUGAGAGGGGUAUAUAAAUCGACCUGGGCACCUACGAUGCAUCAGUCGACUGAACACCACAACACCAACAUGAAGUUCGUCAUCGCUCUCUGCCUCUUCGCCCUGGCCUUCGCCGCCCCUCAGGAGGACGCUCAGAUCGUCAGGGACGAAAGAGUCGACAACGGCGACGGCUCCUUCAGCUACAACUUCGCCGCCGACAACGGCAUCGAGACCGAGGUCGUAGGAACUCCCGGCUCUGAAGGACAGAGCAACGUGCAAGGAUACUACCUCCUCCCCCUGGAGAACGGCGGCUUCGCCCGCGUGGAGUUCGUCGCCGACGAGGCCGGCUUCCAGCCAAGAAGUGACAUCCUCCCCACCCCCCACCCCCUCCCUGAACACGUCCACGAGCUCCUCAGGAUCGCCGAGAGACAGAGAGCCGAAGGAAUCACCUUCGAGUAACGACUUCUUUCGACCGUCCUCCUCCUCUGAGUGUCCGAGUCUGCUUCCUCCUCUUUUGUGUGGAGCAGAUUCCCAUCCCCGAUUCUAGUUCUUCAGACUCUCUCGAGUCUUCCAAAUGGUGCAAAUGUUCAUAAAACGACGAUAAUAAACUUGAUCAUUUUGUGAA